UCUCUGUGAUGUUCAUCAGAAACAUGUGGUCAGUGUCAGAGGUUCCUCAGGGUUCUACACUGGAACCUCUGCUGUUCUGAGGCGGUUCUUCAGACCGAGGAACCCCUUAAUUCAGGAAAACACAUCCAAACACUUAAAAAAAAAUAAAAAUAAUUUUAAAAAAACAACUCUGUUGAAAAUGGUUCUUAAAGAACUGGUGUUUGUUGAGGAGCAUCAUUGGUGUUGAGGAGGUUCUGUAAAGAACAGUUGGACCAACAGGCAUGUUCUCUCACUGUUCUUCAGCAACAAAGGAGGAUGUCAGAGUCACAGAAGUAAUCCAGUAAAAGCACUUAGUUACUUUCAGCCGCUGAAUUCAGAACUGAAGUAAAAAGAAAAGGAGGAGACUGAUGAUGAUGAUGAAGAGGAGGAGCAGGGUUCAUCUGUUUCUCAGUUUUGGUCUUAGCCUGAACGCAGCAGCUGAUCGAUCGGGAUCAAUAACUUCUAACUUGGAUUUUCUUUAAUUCUACUUUAAAAGGAUAAAAAUGACGUCAAACUAACGCCGUCAUGUUGUCGUCACAUGUCCUGGUGUCAUGUUUCCUCUCACCUGCUGCUUGAACUGACUCACCUGCCCAGACGGAGAUGGAGGUCUCCGCCUCCGGCUGCUUCUGCAUCGACUCUCUGCUCUCCCUCAGGCCGCCCGCAGCGCUCCUCUCCCGGCCGCGUCCUCCGGAGCUCAGCCCGGCGGGCAGCGGCGGCUCGGAGCCUCCUUCUCCGCGGAGAGACUCCGCUGCCCGGCUGGAUGCUCCGCUGCAGCCCCGCUCCGUCAGCUCCUCCUUCCUGAUACGGGACAUCUUAGGGGACUGUCGGUCGUGUUCUGACCCGGGUCGGGUCUGUUCUGACAUGGGGCAGCCGGAGCUGGAAGUCGAACCGUUCCGAUCCGGAGCGGAGGAAAGUCAGAGCAGCGCUUCUUCUGACAACGAGCCCAGAGCGCUCGGCGGUUCUGACCCGGUUCGGCUGAAGAAGCCCCGGAAGGCCCGAACUGCGUUCAGCGACCAGCAGCUGUCCAGACUGGAGAGAAGCUUCCAGAAGCAGAAGUACCUGAACGUCCAGGACCGCAUGGAGCUGGCAGCCGCCCUGCAGCUGAGCGACACGCAGGUCAAGACCUGGUACCAGAACCGCAGGACUAAGUGGAAGCGUCAGUCUGCUGCUGGUCUGGAUCUUCUGGCUGAAGGCAGGAUGUUUCUGCCUCCACACUUCUUGUACCCUCCAGCCCCACCCACCCUGGACCUCUACUUGUGCCGAGGCCACGCCCACCACACUGCCCCGCCCCUGCUGCCCCACAUCCUCACCCACACCGACCACCGCUGAGAGCAGCAGCUACUGGGAGGACUGAUGGGGGGACUGGGGGGACUGAUGGGGGGACUGG